AUGUCGUUGGUGCGCCGUCGGAGUGGAACGAACAGGAACUGUAAACAGCGUAGGGAGACGCCGAAAACGCUAGUUUACCCACCAACAAAUAAAGAACCAGUCGCCGACAACCCUCGCCAGAAAGGAAUGACGGCGGCGACGGUCCAGAAAAGGCUUCUCUGUUUGCGCGAGGGAGCAAUGGUAAAGACGGAAGAAGACUCGGCGCCGCGACGCCAGAGAGAGAAUGCGGCGGCGGAUAGAGAAUACAACGCCGGAGAGAAAUCACGGCGGAAAGAGAAGCUUCUGCUCUCUGCAAAAAGGAAAAGGGAAAAGGGCAUUGGGAGCUGCGUUGAUAAGGAAAGAAACAAUAAAGAAGGGAAGCGUGGGGCAAGGAAAUCUUGCUUUGAUUUCGGGCCCAGUAAUGAUUGUGUGGUCCCUUCCAAAAACACCCUUCAACAAAAUGGGCCCUCCAAUUGA